AUGAAUGUCAGUCGAAUACUCUCACAUUUAAAUGCUGCAGCAGCAGAAGGCUGCUGCAGCAGACUGCUGCGCUGCUGCAGCAGGGACGCAGUGGCGGGCACAACAGCUGAAGCCCUAACAGUCCUCGUGCAGCAGCAGCAGCAGCAGCAGCAGCAACAGCAGCAACAGAAGGAACAGGAGCAGUUAAAUACAGAUGUGCAGCAGAAGCUACCUGAGCAGCAGCAGCAGAAGCAGCAGCAGCAGCAGCAGCAGCAACAUGAAGCUACCAGCGGUAGAGUUGCAGCUUGA